UACCCCAGAGAUCUGCUCUAACUGAUCCCUUUAUCACCCUGCUAGCCGUCUAUCCUGGCCAACCAUAGACAGCGGGCUCGUCUAGUAGGGCUUGGCAUUACAGUACUAUGGCAAUAAAAGGCAGUUUGUGACGUUCGCCUCUCCUGGAUUUGGUUUGCAAGCGGGCCGAGUAAUUAAAGAUUACCCAAAGGCUGCCCCCCCAAACUGCCAAACCGACAGAGAUUAUCAUCUGGCACGCCGAUAAUCCUAGCUCGCCAUGUUUCACACACUUUACCAGUGAAGUCUAUGAUCCCGGUAAUCUCUUUUAGGCUCGGUAGCCAUACCCGAGCCCAUUUACCAUACAAUAUGACGUGAAAUCCCGCCUUGUCAAACUUCACGCCGCUGUCCUUAUUUCUUCAGCUUCGCGCUCUUUUCGUUGUCACUUGCACCGCAUCAGACAGGCCCUGAUAAAAUUCGCUCAUUUUCAGUGCGCAGACAUUCAUUUCUAGAAGAAGAUUAAUAAUUCCGUUCUUUACAUACCACGUAUUAUCAUUCGCUUACCCAUCAGGCAAAAUGUUGGCAAAACAGCAAACCGUGGCUCUCCUAUAUGCCGCCCUCUUAGGCUCCUCCGUUGUGCAGGCCGCCACUGAGUUUCCGACAUGUAUUACAAGCUGUGUCCGACAGAACGGCUGCCCGCCUACGGACGUGGACUGCAUGUGCAAGAAGGCUAGCGGCAACUUCCUGUCAGACGUUGUAGUGUGCAUGAACCAGUGGUGCUCGUCUGGCACCACCCUCGCCGACUUGAUCGACCCGAUUCAGUCCAACUGUGACAUUCCCAAGUCUGCUAUCCAGGCCGCCGAGAGCAAGGCCGGCUUCGACACAGGCUCUAAAUCUAACUCUGAUUCUGACGAUGAGAAAUCCACUUCUACCAGCGAAACCUCCACCGCGAAGCCCUCUGUUAUUAUGAGUGUCGGCUCUCCUAACAAGAUCGACGGUCCCAGCUCGUCUACCUCGGGAACUGCGCCUACCGGCAGCGCCACCAAGGGUUCCGUUUCAACCAUGGUGUUAUCCGAUACUACUGCUGUGGUCGGCCCAGCUCCCACUGCUUCUGAGUCACUCCUAGUCGCCGCUACCACGCUCCCUUCCAGCGCCGCCGCCAGCACCCCUACCAGCUCCUCCUCCAGCUCCAGCUCCAACGACGAGGAAUCAAGCCCCCAAGGUUCCGACGGCACGCCCGGUAGUGUCCCCUCCGGUGACUCUACAGAAGAGGGCUCUGCUUCUAGCAGCCAGGCCUCUCUUCUUGCUGCCAUCCUAGCUGUCGGUGCCACCAUGGCCUUUGGCUGGUAAUUUCCAUAAUCCAGCCAGUCUGGUCACGGCUCUUACCGGCAUAGGAGCCGCACAAAAUCGAUGUCAAGAUUUAGCUUCAUUCCAAAUGUACGUAUUACGUCGUGGUUAGUAUGUAUCAUAAUACCUUAGAACCUAGAAAAGAAAAGGCGAUGAUGGACUAUCUACAACAAACGC